AUGGCCUUGAAUGGCACCUUGCCUGGCUGCAAGGACAAGUGCGGCAACCUCACUAUCCCCUACCCAUUCGGCCUCUCUGACGGCUGCCACCUCCCCGGCUUCAAUAUCACAUGCAACGACACCAACAAUAAUAUUCCACCAAAGCUCUUCGUUGAUAACGGCAACAUCGAGAUUUUUAAUAUCACAGAUGAGGUUAUUGUCAUCGAUUUUGUUGGUGCAGCUAGUUAUGGUCCUUAUGGAUGUGAUUAUCGCACUACCACGGGGUUCGCUCUUAGUUAUGCUUGGAGCCACCUUGGUGAUGAUCGAUAUCCCUACACAUUCUCUCAAGACAGAAACAUGUUCACUGCCAUCGGCUGCAGCAUGCUGGCCACCUUCUACGAUGGCCUGAUUCCUAAUUCCUCCAUCGGUGGCUGUAUCUCUGUGUGCCGUGACAAGUCCAGCAUCACUGACGGGCAAUGCUUUGGAAGUGGAUGUUGUCAAAGCUCCAUUCCCAUGGGUCUCAAAGGCUUUGAUAUUAAGUUAGUCAGCAUAUUCUUAAAUGGCGAAAGUUAUAUCACCAAUUGUAGCAAAGCUUUCUUGGUGGAAAAGGACACGUUUGUGUUUAAUGCUUCAUUCAUCGAUUCCUUCAAUGGAACUGGACUUAAGGUUGUGCUAGACUGGGCCAUUAGAAAUCAGACAUGCGAUGUGGCCAGAAUGUCCACUGAUUAUGCGUGUAGGGAAAACACCUUGUGUGUUAACUCCACCAACGGCCCUGGCUACCGCUGCAGCUGCCUCCCAGGAUACCAAGGGAACCCUUACCUUCUUGCUGUUCCUAAUGGUUGCCAAGAUAUAAACGAGUGUGCUGGUGAUCAAACGACCAACAACUGCUCUAUGAUCUGUGUAAACACUCCCGGCAGCUACUACUGUUCAUGCCCACAUGGUUACCAGGGAGACGAUAUAUACACACACACACAGAGUGAGAGAGAGAAAUAA